GCUAAAUAAGCCGCUUACCCCGGCGGGCAAGCCGUGUGCGCGCCUGCUGAAAGCCAUGACUGAAUUGCCCGCGGUGACUCUUGUGGCGCCGCCCGAGCCGGGCGCGUGGCUGGCUCGGGGGCUUACUUGCCGCCGCGCGCUGUCGCUCCCGGCGGCCGACAUCGUGAGUAUCGUGAGUGCUACGGCGGAGUCGGUGCAACAGGUGGUGCGGGGGCUUGGCUGGUUGCAGUGCGGGGGGCCGCCCAUCCUGCUCACUGCCUACACGGUGAAGGCGGGGACCGUGCUACAAUGGCUCCACAGUUAGCCGCCCUGAAGGUUAAGCAUUUGCAGUAUGUGUGCGACGCGGGUGUGUCGGGGGUGGGGGCUGCCCUGGCGGCGGGGGCCUUCGUGUGCACCUUGGCCCGCUUGUGGUCGCUGAAAUGGGAGAAUCAUCAUAAGGAAGCACUUUGGCGUGUGGCCAGGGGGGGGGUAGAAUCUUCCGAAACAGACCCCAUGCUUCAAAUGGAUAGAGCUCAACGAGAAAGUCACGAAUCCGCUUUCAAAAUUGGAAAUGGGUUUCUGGAUGCAAAGUUAUGACCCCUCAAAGUUGUCGGUCGGUCGGUCGGUCUGGGGUCCCACGAAGUUUUGCACAGGUUCGUGCCAAGUUUUGUUCCUAGCGCUUCUGUCCUGCAACACGCGGCGCAAUGGGUGCAGCUCCACGAUGCGUGCAUAGGUAUACCCAAGGCUCAGCAAACGUGCAUAGUUUGGGGCAGUUUGGGGAGCGGCAUGUCGGCAUCUCGGGAAAUGCCUGGGGAACUGGUCAGGGACAAGCCGGUGCCGGCCGGGUUUUGCAUGGUGAACGUGUCAGCACAUUUCGCACUAUCAAGAAACAUUGGAAUAAGCCGUUGCAUAGAAGGCCAGUCUAUCAGGAUACUUGUUGGCAUACGGGUGGACAUGUCUACAUGUCCACAUGUCGGUCGGCCAAAGUGUGUUCCCAAGACGGAUCAUUUUACAUAGCGAUAGAGCUCACUGAGAGCAGUCGAUUGGCACCAACCUGACAGAAAACUAAGGGGUUCUGAGGGGGUUUUGGGGGGUCGUACGGCAGGGGGGGUCGGUCGGUCGGUCGGUCGGGGGGUCCGGGAGGUUUUGUGGCAUGGGGUCAAAAAAGUUCGUUCCUACCCCCCCCCUGGUGUGGCCGCCAACUCUUGCUGGGCGUUUCCACGGCAUGCUAGCGAGCGGGCGCAAGGCGUUGCUGUUGACCCGUGUUGGGCGUGUGGGGUUAGUUGACAUGCUGGAUGGGGACCGGCGUCACUGGUUUUGGGACUGCUGCACUGUUGUGCUGUCCCUGCGAGAAAACAUGGGGAUGGCUAUGGGUUUCAUGCCAGAGGAUGCUCUAAGUGCCUUCUCUCGUGAGGAGUUGUGGUUGGUGCGCCCGCCUGCGGGGCUGGCGCCACCUGCUGUGUGGGAUGUGGUGUGUCUCGCUGUUAUGUCUGCCCUGGACUUUGGUCGGCAGCUUAUUACGUAUGGUUAUGGCCGGGCUGGCGGCGCGAGCGAAGCUGCCGUCGGCCCGGCGGGUGCUGAGCAUUGGACUUGCCGUCGUAGCUGACUUCUGGGGUCGUCUCCAGACGUUUGUGACUUUGAGUAUCAGGCCAAAUAAAGGGUAGGUUGGGACACUGUGCCGUCUGCGCAUCCUUUCAUCUCUCGGGCUGUUGGUGACGGCAUGCUAUUGCGCUUGCCGUAUGACGCUGAUUUCCCGCCUCCCUCACCGUGAGAAGUUGUGGGUGGUUGGGGGCUUGGUGUGUGGGCAGGACGCACGUGUGGGCGACCGUUCUAGUGCCUGGACGCUUGCGCCCUGGUUAGUGCGUGCGCUGUGCGUGUGUGCUGCGGCCUGGACAAUUCCCGGCACUCCUGUGCCUAUGCUUGUUGUUGUUGUGUGUGGUUACAAGGUGGUGAGCAUGACGUGCAUUCGUGUCCUUGUAGAAACCGAGGCUUGUGGCGUUGAGGCACAGCGGUGGGGCUCUGGCGGGUUGAGGCUUGGCUAGGACUCACUGUGCGCGGAGUCACACGGACGUUGACCGCGGGAGGGUUUGCAGCAAAGUCG